AUGGAAUGCCAUUUUUUUAUUUCUCCUUGGUUUGAAAUAAGGAGUGGAAUAGGUAUAGCGGUUGUAUUUUCAAGGUUGAGAAGAUUCUUAAUAGAUAUUGAUUUAAAGAGCAGAUGUAAUAAUGAACAUUAUUAAUAAAUAUCUAUUUUAAAUAAUAAAGUCGAAAUGGGACCAUAUCUAAGCCAACCAAAAACAGAGAAGACUACAGUUGCAAACUAAAAUUAAGUACUCUCAUAUGCAGCCACUCAUAUGCAAGGUAUUAAUGAUAAUAAAAUUAGGAUGGAGAAAUACAAUGGAGGAUGCUCACAUUUCUGAUUUAAGCAUAGAGCCAGAUGUCCAUUUAUUCGCUGUUUUCGAUGGCCACGGAGGAAGUGAAGUAGCAAUAUUUGCAGAAAGACAUUUCAGAGAAGAAUUGAUGAAGAAUAAAAACUAUCAAUAAAAAAAUUAUGAAAAGGCUUUGACAGAAACAUUUUUCAAGAUUGAUAAAAUGUUAUAGGAGCCAUCUGGUUAAGAUGAGUUGAAUAAAAUUAGGGGAGUAACUGAUGAAGGUAAUUAAUGUCAAGAUUUUAGCAUCUUUGGCUGGAUGCACAGCUAAUGUUGCUUUGAUUGUUGGCAAAACGUUGUAUGUUGCCAAUGCAGGGGAUUCAAGGUCAUUUUUAAAUAGAGACGGAAAACCAUUUGACAUGAGCAAAGAUCACAAGCCAGAUGACGAAUAAGAGAAAAAGAGAAUUGAGAGGGCUGGAGGUUUCGUUUCCGAUGGUCGUGUUAAUGGUUGAAUAUAUGAUUAUAUUUAAGGAAAUCUAUCUUUAUCAAGAGCUUUGGGAGAUUUAGAAUACAAAAAAGAUAACAGAUUCAAGCCAGAAGAAUAGAUCAUCACUGCUUUACCUGAUGUUAAAGUAACACAGUUGAGCGCUGCCGAUAAGUAAUUAGCAUAUAUUUAUUAUUUGAUCAGGUUCUUGUUGAUGGGAUGUGAUGGAGUGUUUGAAACAUGGGACCAUCAAUAAAUACUAAACUUUAUCAAUUCUGAGUUGAGGGCUAAUCCAAAUUUAUCGAAGGCUGCAGAGAAAUUGCUUGAUUAAUUGUUGGCUAAAGAUACAUCAUGUAAACAUUAAAUACUAUAAUCUAGUGGGUACUGGAUGUGAUAAUAUGACUUGCAUUUUGGUUCAAUUUAAAUGAUGAAUCAAUUGAGUAUCAAAAACAUAUAAAAUAACAUAUAAUUUAA